AUGAUUGACAAGAGUUGGAUUGAGAGUCCAAUUAGAUCGAAAGAAUUCUCGGAUGGUGUUGUUCAAUUUUUGGAAUUUGCCUUUUCAAAUGCAUCUAUUAAUGGAAAAAUUUUAUGUCCUUGUAUUUUAUGUGGAUUUUCUAUUAUGCGCAAUAGAGCUGAAGUGUUUAGUCAUCUACUUCAAAGGGGGUUUCCAGAAAAGUAUACUUGUUGGCAUAUGCAUGGCGAAAAUCGUGCUCAAUCGAAUGUAGAAUCAUUACCCCGAGUACAUAAUGAGCCGGCUAGACACUAUCCUAUGCAUGAUAUGUUGAAUGAUGUUUUUGGUGUAUUUGAUAAUAAUGAAUUUCAAGAUUUUAGUCCAUCAAAUCUACUAAAUAAUGACAAUCCUAAAGGUGAUGAAGGUAAGAGUCAAGAAGAGAGAGAGGAAAUUAAGAAGUUGUUGGAGGAUGGGAAUCAAGAACUUUAUGAUGGUUGUAGAAAAUAUAGUAAAUUGUCAUUCAUUGUUCAUUUUUAUCAUAUUAAGGUCUUAUGUGGUGCAACAGAUAAAUCAUUUUCAAUGAUUCUUGACCUUUUAAAAGAUGCUUUUCCCCAAGCGAAACUACCAUCAUCAUUUUAUGAGUCAAAAAAGAUAAUUAAGAAAUUAGGUUUGAGCUACAAUAAGAUUGAUGGAUGUCCGAACCAUUGUAUGCUAUAUUGGGGAUCAUCAGGGGAUGAGAAUAAAGAUAAAUGCAAGGUCUGUAAUACUUCCAGGUAUAUAUUAAAUGAAAAUGGUGUUGGUGCAAAUGUUGUAAUUGAUGACCAACAUAGAAAGAAGCGAAAGCCAGCAAAAGUGUUGCGGUACUUCCCACUUAUACCUAGACUGAAAAGGCUAUACAUGUGCUCUAAAACUGCAGAACUGUUGAAGUGUCAUGCUACAAAAGCUAAUCCAGAUGGGUUAUUACGACAUCCUAGAGAUGGAAAAGCGUGGAAACAUUUUGAUUCAUUCUAUCCAGACUUUGCUUCAGAGACUCGUAAUGUGCGACUUGCUUUAGCUACGGAUGGUUUCAAUCCAUUUGGAAAUCUAAGUUCCAGUGUUAGCAUUUGGCCUGUGAUGUUAUAUAUUUAUAAUUAUCCUCCAUGGUGUUUUAUGAAGCAAACUUUUCUUGUCAUGUCGAUGAUAAUUCCUGGUCCUAAAAUGCCUGGAAAUAGCAUUGACGUUUACUUGCAACCUCUAAUUGCUGAGUUAAAACAAUUAUGGAAUGGUGUAAAUGCUUAUGAUUCCUCAACUAAGGAAAUGUUCCAAUUGCGUGCUACAUUGAUGUGGACCAUAAGUGAUUUUCCAGGUCUUGAUAACUUGUCUGGGUGGAAUACACAUACAUUACUUGCUUAUCCAUCAUGUAAUUAUGAUACAGAUUCUAUAAGGCUAAAGUUUGGUAGAAAAAAUUGCUUUAUGGGACAUCAUCGUUUUUUGCCACAUGAUCACAAAUAUAGGUACAAUAAGAAGUCUUUUAAUGGUUUUGAGGAGCAUAGACCUGCACCUAUCCCACCAUCAGGAUUAACCUUGUUAAGACAAAUUGAGGAGAGUCGAAAGAGGCCUCGUGAUGAUAGUACAAGUAAGGCUGGCCCAAAACAAUGGAAGAAGAAGAGUAUCUUCUGGUAUUUACCUUAUUGGAAGAACCAUCUUAUUCGUCAUUGCCUUGACAUGAUGCAUAUAGAGAAGAAUGUUUGUGACAAUGUAUUGUUUACAAUACUUGGUGACAAAAAAAAAUCAAAAGACAAUUUGCAAGCUCGUAAAGACUUGCAAGUGAUAGGAAUUAGAGAAAAACUUCAUCCAUAUCCUAAUUCUUCUAAGUUUCCUCCAUCAUGCUUUAACAUGAAAAAAGAUAAGAAGGAUAUCUUUCUAAAAGUUUUAAACAAUGUGGUGUUUCCGGAUAAUUACGCAUCAAACAUUUCAAGAUGUGUUGAUCUUAAGAAACGCAAGAUCUCUAAUUUAAAGAGUCACGAUUCCCACAUUUUGAUAGAGCAUAUUUUGCCAAUUGCCUGUAGAAGAUCUCUUCCUAAAGAAGUUACUUCAGUGUUGAUUGAGUUAUGUAACUACUUUAGAGAAAUAUCAAGCAAGGUUUUGGAUGUUAAGCAUGUAGAGGAUCUCCAGCGACGAAUUUGGUUAAAUCAUGCUAAUAUGGAAGCAAUAUUCCCUCCAUCUUUCUUCACUAUUAUGUUUCACCUGGUCAUUCACAUUAGAGAGGAAGCAAUUCUUGCUGAUCCUGUACAAGGUCAUUGGAUGUACCCUGUAGAAAGGGGAAUGGGUCAUUUUAAAUCUUAUGUUCGUAACAAUUCCGCUGCAGAAGGUUGUAUAGCUGAAGGUUGCCUUACAGAGGAAAACCUUACUAAUUGUUCUAGAUAUUUUGAGGAUGGUGAUAUUGAAACAAGGUUUAAUCGACCAAGGCGUAAUGAUGAUGAAAGUGAAAUUAAUGCUAGUAGUGAAUCUGCUAUCUUGUCAAAUUUGUUUCCUGCAUUGGGCAAGCCUAUUGGGGUUGCAAGUCAGAAUGGUGUGGAGAUUACGCCAGAAAUCGAAUUGCUUGCAAAUGGACCAAAUAAUAUUGUGAGGAGAUUCAAGGAGUAUAACAUUCAUGGAUUUAAGUUUCGUACUAUGUGGAAGGAGCAAGGAUUGAAAACACAAAAUAGUGGUGUUGUUAUGUCUGCUGUUACUAAAAGAUUUUCAAAUGGUAGAGAAUCUAUUGAACAAUCAAGUGAUGACAUGUACUAUGGUGCAAAAGAAAUAGAUGAACCAUUUAUACUUGCAACUGAUGCUAGAAUGGUGUACUAUGUUGAUGAUCCAAUUGAAGAAGAUUGGUGUUGUGUUUGUCAUAUGAAGCCGAGAGACAUAUAUGAUAUGGGAGAUGUGGAUUUUGUAGAUUUAGAGGAGCCAUCAAUGGAGGACAUACCUUUUCGUGAGCAACAUUUGGAAAAUAUUGAAGACUUAUCAUUAGUCCGAGAUAUUCGUGAUGAACAAGAACAAGACGAUUCCAGUAAUGAUGAUUAUGAAAGUGACAAUAAUAGAGAUGAUGAUGAUGGUGAUAGUGAUGGAGAUGAUGAUGAUGGGAGUGAAUGA